AUGGGCAAUAAGACAUCUAACAUAAAGGCAAGCCAGAUUGAGGCUAUUUUGUCGCCAGAAGAGCUAAGACGGGCGAAAAACGCAUUUUGCAUAUUUGAUCAAGCUGGCCUUGGAGAAGUCGAGAUCGGAAACAUUGGGAGAAUGAUGCAAGGACUUGGCUGUUCAGUGUCAUAUGCUGAAAUUAGUGUCAUGACAGAAAAGGCUAACACGCAUAUAAGUUACAUUGCUAAUUUAAUUUUUAAACCUAAUUAAAAUAUAGAUAAUAAUUUUUGUAAAUGGUAGAGUAAGAUAAAAAGAUCAUUCACCCUGAAGCAGUGGCUCCAAAUGCAAGCCCGGCGAAAAAUAGAACAACAAUUCAUAACUUGGCUUAAAUUAUUAUUAGCGAGCAAUGUCUGCUUUUCUUUUCCCUUACGUCACUCAACUCUUUGCUGAUGCAAUUUAUGGCCUAAAGCCAUGUGCUCGCCUCAUUCGGAUGAGGGGAGGUAGAAACGCUUGGUCGCCACGCCGCAUGUCAUGGGGUUACUUUUCCGAAAAUUCGAAAAGCGAAUUUUCUCGUCAGGCUAUAGGCCAAACUGAAAUUUGUAGCUCAGGUCACAACUCCUGGUAUCGUGUAGGAAAUUGCUUGAGUGGUCAAGCGAAAGCCCUCUGGCCUUGCUAAGCUAUCUUUUUCCAACUUUCAAGUUCCAUACUAAAAGUAAAACCUUGCUAUGGCAUGAGCUUGCUUUUGGUCAGCCCUACAUUGCGCUCCACCAGGCCAAGUAAAGCCUGGCCUGACAUUCUUAUCAGACGUUGCUCUCCCUUCCAUAAGGUCCCUGAACUACCGCAUGGUAACAGGUCUGAUUUAUCACCAUUUAUUAUAUGGAGAACAACAAUUCAAAGAGAAAAUUGUUGAUGCUUAUAAGGACUUUGAAAGGUGCGGAUCAAGCAAAAUCAGUAUAAAUGAUGUCAGAGAAACUAUGGCCUCAUUUGAAGGGAAUAUUUCUCCAGCAAGAGUCGAAGAGAUCCUAAAUCCCCCCUCCGUGAGUAAACAAAAAAAUUUUGUUGACUCACUGUGGUUGGAUAAUUUUUAUUUAAUUUGUAAAAUUAUGUUUUAAAAUGCAAUUUUUUAAAAUUAAACAAUAUCAGCUAGAGAUUUCACUCAUUAUAUAUCAAUUUUUUUAUAAAACAUUUUUAUAUCUCACGAAGGUAGGUUUUUUGGCAAAAAAUAGGAGUUUUUCCAAUGGUUUUGUUCGCUCAUGAAGGAGGAGAGUAAGGGAAUCUGUACAAAAUGAACCGUUAAGUCCAAGGUUCGAUGAAUUUCUUAAAGUUGUUGUGGGGAAAUAA